AAAGUGCGUACGUAACCUGUACGUCUGUAAAUAAAUAUUAUAUUUGCCAAUGUAAAUUAUGUGAUAAAGAUUAUUAAACAUUUGUUGUUGAAUAUGCCUUACUACUGUGUUCUCUGCAAAAAAGAGCCAAUACCUGGAGAUAAAAGUCGCAGUUUUCAUAAAUUUCCGGAUGAUAAUAGUUUAAGACAGGAAUGGAUGGCUUUUGCUGGACUAAGUUCUAUAACCAAGUUUACCAAACUUUACAGUGAUCAUUUUGAUAAGAGUGCCUAUGAAGACUCGAAUGCAAGUAAAAUUAAGAGAUCUUUACGGAAAACUGGGGUCCCUUGCAGAAUUGUAUCAACAGAUAAAGUUCAAAGUGUUAGCUACCCAGUCGCAAAAGAUGAAACACAACUGAAUUUGCAAAAACAGUCAUGUGUCAGUAAUGUCAGUAACAUUUCAAGAAAUAAUUCUUUAACUCAAGUGUUGCAAGAGCAAAUCACACAGCAAACUGUGUUUAGUAAUACACAGUUUAAUGAUCAUUGUACAAGUCUCAAAAGGAAGUUGCCACUUUGCAAUAUCACAGAUAUUUCUCCCAGCAAAAAAUUGUAUGCACAUAACGGAGCAAGUGAAUUCAAAGCCAUUUGCGAAAAAUCUCAAACAAAUUUGCAUGAUACCACUAUGAAAAGGUGUCUGCCAGAUACUAUGUAUUCCGAGAAUCCAGAUGUUUCACCUAGCAAAAAAUUGUGUCCCUCUAAUAUUUUUGAGUCGGAUCCUGCAAAAGAUGUUGCCAGCAAUUUGAAAUCUAACGAAGCUCGUAAAAAUAUGAAAAGACACAUGCCAUACAUUGAUGUCUCGAAUAUACCUCCGACGAAACAGUUUCGUUUUUAUGAUGGACCGCAGCCAAUGUGCAUGUCGCGAAUAGAUUUUGCUACUGAUGAAGCUUGGUCACGUUUUUUGAAAUUUACCAUAUACAAACAAAGGCAAGCCGCAUCGUGCCGUAAGAAAAAUCAACGGAAAUUGAAAUAAAUUGGAAAUAUUAAAGAACUUGUCUCAAAAUUGCGAGAUGAAAAUGCAACUGCCGCAGCUGACUACUUAGAGGUUAUUUGAUCAGAUUUUUUGUAUAAGCAUAUGAAAUAUUUAUACAAUUUCAUAUGUCUACGCUGCGUGUUAAUUAAAUGAAAUUAUGAUGUUUCUAUAUUUUUAUAUUUACCAAUUGGGUGUGCAUUACAAUCAAUGAAUUUUACAAUUAAGAAAAAACGAAUCGUGUGAAGAAUAGAUUUUUAUAUAUGUAUUUAUAUUUUUAGUAACUAUAUUCGACUUUUACUUGUGUUAAAAAAAAAUAAUAUUGUAUAAAUUUUUGUUGUUCAUUUAAAACAAAAAUAUUGCUUUGUUAGACAUCACAUUUUUCUUUAUUCCGAUUUGAAACUAAAAAAAAAAUAAUAUAUUGUACAAUAUUAUUUUUGAUUGAAACUAAAAUAUGAAUCAUUUUUUCUACAUCACUAUUUGUAUACUGAUUUUUAUAGAGGGUACAUUAAGCAAGUGAAAUUUUAUCAUUAAAAGUUUUUGAUUAGUUGAAUUACUUUGUAUAUCACUAUGAUAAAAACUUUUUUAAAAAUCGUAAUUUUCAUACUACAAACAUAAAAAACUGUGCUAUGCAUGGAUAUAAAGUUUAACUCAAUGUCCCCUUUUCCAUCACAUUUUCAUAAUUUUUAUAUCUUUUGAUUUACUUUCAGUAACAAUUGUUUAUUUUUUUCCUAUUGCUAGGAAUUCCCUUAGCACGUCAAGCAAUUAAUUUCUAGAAUGAAGAAUAACAAACCAUCUAGUCCGUUUCCUGCCCAUCUAAAAACUUUUGCACGUAGUUUAAAUUUCCACUCACCAGCUGCGUACGAAAUGGUUGGUCAGAGUUUUUUAAAAUGUUUACCGUGUGUAGAACCCUCAACAGAUGGUACUGUUCAAAAAAUUACAAACCUGGAGUAUCAGAAGAGAUAAUCAAUCACGUUUCGGAGAUGGUUCACGCCGAAUCAAAAAAAAAGGAAAAAAGCCAGUUUUUAAUCUUACUUUCGAUGAGAUGGGUAUAAAGGAAUGGACGAAGUAUUGUAAGCAAACAAAAGAAUGGCAAGGAUACGAAGAUUUUGGAGGUCAGUUGCAAUCAAAUACCAAUGAAUCACCAAAGAAAGCUAAGAAAGCUCUAGUAUUUAUGCUGGUUAAUAUCAACGGCGGGUUCAAAACUCCCGUUGCUUAUUAUUUAGUUAAUUCGCUGACUGGCUAAAGUAAAUCUAUUUUACUGCGGGAUUUAUUAAUAGUAUUGCACGAACGAGGUAUCAAUAUUGUAAGUACAACUUUUGAUAGCGACGAGUCUAAUCAAAAAUGCUGCAAGCAUUUAGGUGCGAAUUUCGAUUAUUUAGACAAAGAAAAUUUUCGCCCAUACUUUGAUCAUCCCGCGACAAAUGAACCUGUGUACUGUUUCUUUGACGCAUGUGAUAUGCUGAAACUAAUUAGAAAUUACCUAGCUUUAAAGGGACCUUUCAUUUAUGAUAAUAAAGAAAGUGUAGAUUGGAAGUACAGCUGCUGCCUUAACGUACUUGGGAUCAGAGUUAAAGGAUCCAUUGUUUAAAGACUGUGCUGCUACUGCUAAAUUUUGUAAAUUGAUUGAUGAAAUUUUUGACAUUUUGAAUAGCAAAAAUAAAUUUUGUAAAACACUUGGAAGAAAAGGUAUAACGGAAGAACGUAUGCCAGAAUUUAGAAAAAAAAUUGACGAGUUUAAAGAUUACUUAGAAAAAUUGGAAGUUGAUGUCGAAGCGGACCUAGUCAAAAUUUACCGCAGAAUAAUGUUACAAAAAGAAUACCUGUGCUGAAAUGUACGAGUGUGCGUACAGGAUUUUUAGGAUUCAUAAUUUGCCUUGAAAACUUUUAUUCUCUUUGUAAGAAAUUAUUUGAAGAACAAAUUGUCUCUUAUGUCUUGACCUACAAACUCUCCCAGGAUCACGUAGAAAUGUUUUUUGCUUUGAUAAGGCGCAUGAAUGGUUUCACUAGUAACCCGACAGUCAUACAAUUCCAGUCUGCGAUGAAAAAACUGUUGUUAAAUAAUAUGAACGUUACUGUGCCGACCAGUACGAAUUGUACUCCGCAGGAUAAUACUUUGAUCAUUUCUGAUGCCAAUUGCGAUAUUAUAGAUAAAUCUAAUGAGAAGUUGAAAGAAAAUAUUGUAACAAAGAACGAACUUAGAAAAGAAAAAAUUAAAAAUAGGAGAUCUGCUAAUAGAAUAGCUAGCAAGCUGAUGACUUUCCGAAUAAACGAGAAUUUACAUUCUUAUUUUAAUUUGGCUGAACAUGAUUCGUAUUUGUAAAAAAACUGACUGAAGUGACUGUCACUAUAAAUGUAUGAUAAAUAUUCUAGUCAUUGAGCGUGAUGAGUCGAAGACUGUAUUAAAAUAAUCUUCGCCGUAUGGUUUCAUAAAAUUUAAAGAUCAGAUAUUUCUUAUGGAUCUCGAUAUAGAUAAAACAAAUCGACUCUUGUAAAUCUCAUUAUUAAAAUACUGUGCGAAAUAAUUUACAAUGAGCGUAAAAAAUGGCUAGUUGUCUGUUAUUUAUUGCUGACAAAUAUUUUAUGAAGGAACUUACAGUUUUAAGUAAACAAGUUUUUUGAAAACUUGAGUAUAUUACAUUUUAUUGAGUAGCAAAAAAUAGCGCUGAUGUGCAUGACUUACGAUUUGAAAUAUAAUAUAAUCGAAUGUAUCGUACCCAAUAAAAAAGAUUUUAUUGAAAAGCCGGAAGUAAUAUUAUUAUACGUACUGUCUUUUUAUGUAGUUGUACUAAUUUAUUAUUAAAGAAUUGUUAAAUAAAGUGUUUAGUUAAUUGUAA